ACCAUAGUAACCAGCGCACGAGGAGCUUAGCAACACAUAGAGAGGAGGAGGACAGCCUCAUCACGUCUGCAGAUGAAAAAAAAGAAAACAAAUAAAUAAAUAAAUAACGGACACGGGCGAUCCUGUAACGGAGACCCGGCCUGAUGCUUUAAAAGGCUCGCUGGGUAUCAGAUUAGUCCGGUUCGAGAUUAAUCGGGCGCUUUCUGUCCCGUUUUCGCGUCUAAACUCGGAUCUCGAAGAUGAAAUUCGUCGUGAUCCUGGUGGCCGCCGGCAUGCUGGCCUUCCUCGGCGCGGUGAUCUGCAUCAUCGCGAGCGUUUAUCCGCGCUCGCGCGCCGCCGCACCCCAGGCCCUGGCCGACAACCACUCGGUGUCCGCGGACGCACUGCUGUCCUCGGGCGCAGUGGCGCAGGCCGGACCGCUGGGCGCUCUCCAUGGUGCUGAAUCUCCCGGAGCUCUCCACGGUCCUGAAUCCCCUAGCCCUCUCCACGGGCCGGACUCUCUGGGCGCUCUCCACGGUCCCGAUUCUUUUGGCGGUGGUGGACUUGGCCUGGGCCUGGAGGUGCCUUUCCACAACGAGCUCACCGGCUCCGGCCCCAAACAGUUCUUCUUCAGCCGACUCAUCUGCACGCCCGUGCCCCCGGGAGAGUGCAAGACCCGGAGUCUGAAGGUGCAAGCCGACGAGCCGUACGCGGACGACGACGACGAGGACUGGAGCCAGCUCAGCGCCGCAGCCGAGGAGCUCCGGCAGACCGUCCUGAGACAGAACGACCAGAUCCUCAUGGACCAGAGGACCAUCCAGGAGCUCACAGGGAAGCUGUCCGAGUGCGAGAGCGGCCUGGAGGAGAGGAGCCUACCCGAGCGCAGCGUCGGAGCGUGGGCAGGCGGCCGGCGCCGACUCAUGGCCGGGGACGACGUGAGCACCUCGGCGGCGCAGCUGCAGACGGCCCGGGCCGUGGAGGAGCUGGAGAAAGCCAUUCUUCAGCUGAAGGACCGCAUAGAGAAGUUAGAGUUGGAGAUGGUUCCUGUGGUGCUGAAUCACUCGGAGGCGGUGGUGGGGGCUCCGGGGCAGGCUGGUGGGCGUGUGGAGGACGUGGGUGGUGAUCUGGAGAGGAAGGUGAAGCUGCUGGAGGAGGAGAGGAAGAACUUGCGCAAAGAAACGCAAAACCACCACCAGCAUAUCGACCAAGGCAUCAACACCCUGCAGGAGCGCGUCGCCGAGCUGGAGCAGAGUCUCACAGGACCCUCUUUCCCGCAGGGCUUCAAGCUUUCUUUCCCUGUGCGCACCAACUACAUGUACGGGCUGGUGAGGCGGAAUAUUCCAGAGAUGUACGCCUUCACUGCCUGCAUGUGGCUGAAGGCAGCAGAGAGUGGGAUCGGAACACCUUUCUCCUACGCCGUGGCCGAACAGCCCAACGAGCUCGUCCUUCUGCAGGGGGUCCACAGCCCAGCUGAGCUGCUGGUUAAUGACAAGGUGGCGCAGUUGCCCUUGUCCUUCCCACAGGGCAUCUGGCAGCACGUGUGUGUGAGCUGGACUCUGCGCGAUGGAGUAUGGAAGGCCUACCAGGGGGGCAAACUGAAGGGGCGGGGUGAGGGGCUUUCAGCGUGGCAUCCACUCAGAGCCGGGGGCGUUAUGGUCCUGGGACAAGAGCAGGACACACUGGGGGGCCGCUUCGACGCCUCUCAGGCUCUGGUGGGCGAGCUGUCACUGUUUAACCUGUGGGACCGGGUGCUGCCGGCGCCGGAAUUGGCCGCACUGGCGUCCUGCAGGGAGCCCCCACAGAAGGGGAACAUAGUGCCCUGGACGGAGCAGGACGUGGAUGUGUUUGGGGGGGCUGUAAAGGAGCCUGUGGACCCCUGCUCUGGUGGAACAGGGGCCCAGAAGUGA